CAUAGCCAUAAUAACCUCAUCUCUAGCAAACCGCAUUCUGUUUCUCAGCAUCAACACCAACCUGAAAUCCAAAGUAACAAAAUGUCUACUUUCAGAUUUCAGCCUACCACAACAUGCGCUAUCUCUUCAACGAUUAAGCACUUAGGCUUCAAUCGCCGCUUUCCUCACAGCAACUGCGCUGUUUUCAGGCGACCUCGAAACUUCACAAUUAUGGCGGCCUCUAUUGAUCCUCUGGAAAUUUGUGUCAAAGCUUCCGUCACCACUCCUAACAAACUCGGCGAUUGUCCAUUUUGCCAAAGGGUAUUGCUUACUAUGGAGGAAAAGCAUCUACCUUAUGACAUGAAGUUGGUAGAUUUGAGUAACAAGCCAGAAUGGUUCUUAAAGGUCAGUCCAGAAGGUAAGGUUCCUGUUAUUAAACUUGAUGAAAAGUGGCUUCCAGAUUCAGAUGUUAUUACACAGUCAUUGGAAGAAAAGUUCCCUGAUCCACCCUUGUUAACCCCACCUGAGAAGGCUUCAGUUGGAUCAAAGAUCUUCUCCUCAUUCAUUGGUUUUCUAAAAAGCAAAGAUGCCACUGAUGGAACUGAGCAGGCAUUAAUUAAUGAACUGAGUUCAUUUGAUAAUUAUAUCAAAGAAAAUGGCCCUUUUAUCAAUGGGGAGAAGAUUUCUGCUGCGGAUUUGUCAUUGGGCCCCAAGCUAUACCAUCUAGAAAUUGCACUGGGGCAUUAUAAGAAAUGGUCAGUUCCAGAUUCACUUCAGUUUGUGAAGUCUUACAUGCAGAACAUUUUCUCGAAGGACUCAUUUAUUAAAACACGAGCACUUCCAGAAGAUGUCAUUGCUGGUUGGCGUCCCAAAGUUCUUGGUUAAUAUGUUUAAGCUGUUGCUUAACACAUUUGCAAAUGAACCAUCAGGUAUCUCCCUGUGAUCUUCAGCUGAGGAUGUUGUAUGUUGUAAUCCUAUGACUAAGACCAACCUUCUGUAUUUUAGUUGAAAUCAAAUCUUUAAUUAUUACUUGAGAAUAAUCUUGUAAAUUGUUUUUAUCAUAGUUUGAGGUGCAUGGCAACCAUUAAUCCUUGUCAAUGACUCAAGUUUCGCCGGAGUUUCACCA